AUGUCUCAACAAUUAGAAUUACCAUGUUUACCUGAGUGUAUUAAUCUUGUUAUCGGUGUUACCGGAAGUGUGGCCGCAAUUAAAAUUCCAAUUCUGUUAGAGGCGAUAAAAGACUUACCAUUGAAUAUUAUCAUUGUUGGAACUCAACAUUCAUUUCAUUUCUUCAAUAUUUCCGAGUUGAAAGUUAAACAUGAAAAGGUGAAAAUAUUUACCGAUGAAUCUGAAUGGACUUCAUGGAGACAAAUGACCGAUCCUGUUUUACACAUUGAACUAAGAAAAUGGGCUGACAUUUUGUUAAUCGCUCCUCUUGAUGCUAACACUUUAGCUAAAAUAUCAUCCGGUAUUUGUGACAAUUUACUUACCUGUGUGGUCCGAGCAUGGGACUUGAAGAAACCUUUUCUAUUCUGUCCCUCCAUGAACACUCAUAUGUGGGAACAUCCAGUUACCUCUGAGGCCAUUGAUAAAUUACUUUCCUGGGGAUUCACAUUGAUUCCCGUUGUCGCCAAGAAAUUGGCCUGUGGGGACAUUGGACCUGGAGGAAUGGCAGAAGUAGAUACAAUCGUGAUGGAGAUUAAAUCAAGAAUGGAACUAAUAAAAAAAAUCUAAGCCUUAAUUCAUUUUUCAGCCAUUGAUCAA